AUGUCUUCAGAAGCCCCGUUGGACACAGAGCUCAGCAGAAGAAGCCUCAAGAAGCAAUGCUCAUUCACCAUCGAGAACAUUCUCUCCAGCCCAACAGAGAGAAGUCCCCAGGUUCUGGUCCCGUUCUGUCUCCAGGGGAUCUUGGACUGUGAGCCCAAGGGGCUGUGUGGGCCGGAGGCCAUCGCUGCUGGCUCUCUGCAGGAGGAGGAGGAGGAAGAAGAAGAACUGGAAGCGGCUGGGUGCAGCUGCUGUUGCUGUUCUCAUGCAAGCACCCGUUCCCUGCAGGAUUCUUCAAAUUGGCUAGACACCAGAUUCCCCUGGCCCAUGAGGCUAAUUCAUCCCACUGCCAGGGCAUGUAAGAAUCUUCAUGGGAGCCAGAAUGAGCUGCAGACCUUCCAUCAGAUCCAAAGGCGGACCCGCCGGCACCGGACCAUCUUCACUGAAGAUCAGCUACAGGCCCUGGAGGCCCUUUUCAACCAGAACCAGUACCCAGAUGUCAUCACCAGGGAGCACCUGGCCAACCGCAUCCACUUGAAGGAGGAGAGAGUAGAGGUUUGGUUUAAAAAUCGACGGGCCAAGUGGAGGCAUCAGAAAAGAGCUUCUACUUCGGCUCUGCUCCUUCAAGGCACCAAGAAACCCGCAGAGGAGAACUGCUAA